GGCGGGCAGAGAGAGAGAGACGAGAGAUAUAGAGAGGGUGAAAGGGAGAGGGAGAGGGAGGUGAGAAAGAACUUAGUGAGAGAGAAGAGAGAAAGAGAGGGUUUCGAAGGCUCUCACGAACGCGCGAUCUAGGUUUCCUGAGUAGGCAAUAAAAGAUGGCAGAUGGUGAGGAUAUCCAGCCUCUUGUUUGUGACAAUGGAACAGGAAUGGUCAAGGCCGGAUUUGCGGGAGAUGAUGCUCCAAGAGCUGUGUUCCCUAGCAUUGUGGGCCGCCCACGCCAUACCGGUGUGAUGGUUGGUAUGGGGCAGAAAGAUGCCUAUGUUGGGGAUGAGGCUCAGUCUAAGCGUGGUAUUUUAACUCUGAAGUAUCCAAUUGAACAUGGAAUUGUUAGCAAUUGGGAUGACAUGGAGAAGAUCUGGCAUCACACCUUCUAUAAUGAGCUACGGGUGGCCCCAGAAGAGCACCCUGUUCUCCUCACUGAAGCACCUCUCAACCCUAAGGCCAACCGUGAGAAGAUGACCCAAAUAAUGUUUGAAACCUUCAACGCUCCUGCCAUGUAUGUUGCAAUCCAGGCUGUUCUUUCUCUUUAUGCCAGUGGUCGUACAACUGGUAUUGUUCUGGACUCCGGGGAUGGUGUCAGCCACACAGUUCCCAUCUAUGAAGGCUAUGCCCUACCACAUGCCAUCCUUCGUCUUGACCUGGCAGGUCGUGAUCUCACAGAUGCCCUUAUGAAAAUCUUGACUGAGCGUGGCUACUCUUUCACCACCACUGCAGAGCGUGAAAUUGUGAGAGACAUGAAAGAGAAACUUGCGUACAUUGCUUUGGACUAUGAACAAGAACUAGAAACGGCCAAGACCAGUUCCUCUGUGGAGAAGAGCUAUGAGCUGCCUGAUGGGCAGGUAAUCACAAUCGGAGCUGAGCGUUUUAGAUGCCCAGAGGUCCUCUUUCAACCAUCCAUGAUUGGUAUGGAGGCUGCUGGCAUACAUGAGACCACUUACAAUUCUAUCAUGAAGUGUGAUGUCGACAUUAGGAAGGAUCUAUAUGGCAAUAUUGUCCUCAGUGGUGGCUCUACCAUGUUCCCUGGCAUUGCUGACAGAAUGAGCAAGGAGAUUACGGCACUGGCACCCAGUAGCAUGAAAAUCAAGGUGGUGGCCCCGCCUGAGAGGAAGUACAGUGUGUGGAUUGGAGGCUCCAUCUUGGCAUCUCUCAGCACUUUCCAGCAGAUGUGGAUUGCUAAGGCUGAGUACGACGAAUCUGGGCCAUCAAUUGUGCAUAGGAAAUGCUUCUGAUCACGGACAAGCACAGUGGAGAUUGAUGAAGAGAAACCCCCCAUGUCAUAGGAAUGCUUCUGAUCAAGCAUAUCUGAGAAACACUCUUUCUUCCUUACUUUCCUUCUUUUCCGUUUAUUCUCUUUUUCUCAAUCUAAAGAACUCGAAGGGGGUGAAAUUUCUCGCCUGAAAUUCAAUUUUUUCAUUGUUAUUUCUUCUUAGAAGUUGUGUACUAGUACUGCUUUGGUUUGGGUUGAAUCAGUGGUCUGCCAUUACUUCAAUAGAGGCCCUCUUGAUUAAUUAAAACCAAUAAUAUCUUUUCCAUGUU